UUUCACUUUGCUACCAUGGAGACGGAGAUCCUGAAGCUGUGGACAGACAUGAACGCCUUUCAGACUUCGCUCGAGUUUUCCCGUGGCCGCCCCGAGUACAACUUUUACGAUGGGCCGCCUUUCGCCACCGGCACUCCCCACUAUGGCCAUCUUCUGGCCGGCACCAUCAAGGAUGUUGUCACCCGAUUUGCCCACCAAACUGGCCACCACGUCGAGCGCCGCUUUGGUUGGGACACCCAUGGCGUGCCCGUUGAGUUUGAGAUUGACAAGAAGCUUGGCAUUUCGGGCAGCGCUGAUGUUGAGAAAAUGGGCAUUGCCAAGUACAACGAGGAAUGUCGUUCCAUCGUCAUGCGCUACGCCGACGAGUGGCGCUAUACCGUGAACCGCCUCGGUCGCUGGAUUGACUUUGACAAUGACUACAAGACUCUCUAUCCUUGGUUCAUGGAAAGUGUCUGGUGGGUGUUCAAGCAGAUUUUUGACAAGGACAUGGUCUAUCGCGGCUUCAAGGUCAUGCCUUUCUCCACGGCUCUGUCGACCCCUCUGUCGAACUUUGAGGCCAAUCAGGACAUGCAUGAUGUCGAUGAUCCUGCCGUGACGGUUUCCUUCAAGCUGGUGGAUGAAGAUGCCGCUUUCUUGGCGUGGACCACCACGCCCUGGACCCUGCCUUCCAACUUGGCUUUGUGCGUGCACCCCACGCUUGACUACGUCAAGUUUCGCGACACCAAGCGUGAGCGCGUGUACAUCGCCCUCAAGUCCCGUCUCUUCGGCAAGGGCUGCCUGUACAAGGAGGGCGACAAGUCGGUCGAGAUCAUUGAAGAAUUCAAGGGUGAAACUCUCCGUGGCCGUCGUUACGAGCCUCUUUUUCCUUACUUCAAGCGCCUCGAGGACCGCGCAUUCAAGGUGCUCGUCGACACCUACGUCACUGACGACAGCGGUACCGGCAUUGUCCACAACGCUCCCGGUCACGGUGAAGACGAUUACCGUGUCUGCCUGGCGGCCGGCGUCGUCACUGCCACCGACAUUCCCUGCCCGUUGGACGACUGUGGCAAGUACACGGACGAGGUUUCCGACUACAAGGGCAUGUACAUCAAGGAUGCUGACAACGUCAUCAUCAAGCGUCUCAAGGAUGAGGGCAAGAUGUUCCAGGCUGGGCGUGUGAAGCACGCCUACGCCCAUUGCUGGCGAUCGGGUACGCCCCUGGUCCGCAAGACGGUCGACUCUUGGUUCAUCCGUGUCGAAGACAUCAAGGACAAGCUUGUUCAGAACAACCAGAACACUUACUGGGUUCCUCAAAACAUCCGCGAUGGCCGUUUCCACAAUUGGCUGGCCGACGCUCGCGACUGGGCCUUCUCCCGCAACCGUUUCUGGGGCACUCCCAUUCCCAUCUGGGUCAGCGAGGAUUAUGAAGAAGUCGUCUGCAUUGGCUCCAUCGAGGAGCUCAAGGAGCUCUCUGGCCGUACGGACAUCGAGGACCUUCACCGCGAGCAUUUGGACGACAUCACCAUCCCUUCCAAGCAGGGCAAGGGUGUCCUGCGCCGUGUGCCCCAAGUCUUUGACUGCUGGUUUGAGAGUGGCUCUAUGCCCUAUGCUCAGGUCCACUAUCCCUUUGAAAACAAGGAGCGAUUUGAAAAGAACUUUCCCGCCGACUUUAUUGCCGAGGGCGUCGACCAAACUCGUGGCUGGUUCUACACGCUCAUGGUCAUCAGCACGCUGCUCUUCGAUCAGCCUCCGUGGAAGAAUCUGAUUGUGAACGGCCUGGUUUUGGCCGGUGACGGCAAAAAAAUGAGCAAGCGUCUCAAAAACUAUCCUGAUCCCAACCUUGUCCUUGAAGAGGAUGGUGCCGAUGCCUUGCGUUUGUAUCUCAUCACUUCGCCAGCUGUGCGCGCCGAGAACCUUCGCUUUGAGCGCAAGGGCGUGCAGGCUUUGAUCAAGGAUGUCUUUCUGCCCUGGUUGAACGCCUUCCGGUUCUUUGAGCAACAGGCGGAGCGUUGGAAGCAAGCUGUUGGCCGUCCAUUCACCUUUGACUCGGCCAAGGCCUGCCCGUCGACCAAUAAGAUGGACAAGUGGAUCCUCGCCUUCACGCAAGACUUGAUUCGCUUUGUCAAGCAAGAGAUGGCUGCCUACCGUCUCUACACUGUUGUGCCCAAGUUGCUGUCUUUUGUGGACAACCUGACCAAUUGGUUCAUUCGCUUCAACCGCAAGCGUCUCAAGGGCGCCAACAGCGAUGACGAUGCGGCGCUUGCUUUGUGGGCCCUGGGUGAGGUCUUGAUGACCAUGUCUGUUACCAUGGGCCCUUUCACUCCGUUCUUCGCCGAGUGGAUGUACCAGCACAUGCGUCCUUUUGUGGUGACUGCCUCUGCCAGUACGACCACCCGUGGCCACAAGGUAUCAACCUCGAGCGACAUUGCUCUGACUCUCCACCAAGGUCCCAUGACAGCCGCUGCUGAGGCCGUGGCGGAGUGGUCCCUGGACAAUGUGAAUGCUUGGUUGUCCUCCAACGAGCUGGAAGACUACCAGGAGCUCUUUGCUUCCAACGGUCUGACCGGCGCUGAUCUGGUGGACCUGAGCCAUGAUGAUCUUCUCUCCAUGGGUGUGAACCGCUGCACCGAUCGUAAGCGCAUCCUUCGGGCGGCUCGCAAAUUGAUGCAGGGCUCAGCCCCACCUUCGCCUCGCCGCGUUGCCACGCCGGCCGCUGCCAGCGGUAGCGAUAACGUGCGCACAAUCAACGGCGUUCGUGAAGACGCCUCGGUGCACUUCCAGCUCAUUCCCGAGCCCAAGUCUGUGUAUUUGGACGAGACCAUUGUGCGUGCGUUCGAAGCCAUGAAGCGCGUCGUCGAAGCUGGACGCAUUGUGCGUGAGCGUGAGAACAUUCCCAUCAAGUACCCUCUGCAAGAGCUUGUUAUUGUCUCCAAGACUCCCUUCCUGCUGGAUGACAUUCGUCACUUGGAGGAGUACAUUCUCUCCGAGCUUAACGUGCAGCGCAUCACCCUGUCCGCGGAUGAAUCGCCCUACAAUGUUACGCUUAAGGGCCAGCCCGACAGCCGUAACCUUGGUGUCCGCUUCAAGAACGACUACAAGGCCAUCCACAAAGCCGUCAUCGGUCUGUCUCACGAAGCUCUGCAGGGCUAUCAGACCAACGGCAGCAUUGAGGUGUGCGGCCACACCCUGUCCGGAACCGACAUUUCUCUGCGUUAUGAGUUUGCCGCGGGUACCGAGUCCAAGUACCGUGCUCAGACGGACAACGACAUUCUGGUCCUGCUCAACGUUGAGCAAAACCGCGACAUGCUCGAGGAAGGCUACGCGCGAGAGCUGGUGAACCGCGUCCAGAAGCUUCGCAAGCAAGGCAACAUCACUCCCACUGAUACGAUCCGUGUCUUCUUCCGCAUGAUCCAGGAUGACACCGAGGUGCAGUUGGCGGAGGUGAUCAAGAACCGCGCUGCCUUCAUCACCGAAAGCGUUGGCUUCAAGUUGGAGGAAGGCGCCCCUGAGGGACUUACUGUCUCCGUUGAGGGCGAGCAGACCAUCAAGAACGCAAAGUUCCAACUGGCUAUCGUCAAGCUCUAAGGAAAUGGCCCAUGUAUCUCAACUUGACCCCCAGCCAGAGCUGGCUGAGGGUGAGACGAGCCAUUAAAACCGUGUUUUUGCCGUCAGGUGGCACGACUUGCCGUGCCCUUUUGCUAUUUGUGUGUUGCCUAUGCUUUUUUUUUGAAUGCUUUGAGCAUCUGCUCGCCUUCUUCAGUCUGGCUGCCCGCUUUGACUUUCGGAUCGUGCAGGUCUGUCCUCAAUUCAAUGCUUCGAUACCU